AUGAAUAUAUUUUUUGUAUUUCAGACCAAGAUUGCAGGGGUUGGCUUUGUGAAGAUUCAUGCUCCCUGGAACAUCCUCUGUCGAGAGGCCGAGCUGAUGAAGCUGAAGAUGCCCACCAAGAAGGUGUAUGAGGUGAAGCAGUUGAGUGGUGUUGUGGAGAAGAUCUGCUCCCUGGCUUGUAAACUCGUGGAACCUCUCCACCCUCAUGUUGAGGAACAUCAACCACAGAACAUCAAACACCUUUCACACACGUUCUCCAGAGAGAAACAACACCUGUUUGACCUCUCAGACAAAGAUAACUUCUUUGACAGCAAAACCAGGAGUUCUAUAGUUUUUGAAAUAUUAAAAAGAACCAAAUGCAAGGCCAAGUACAGCAUGGGUAUCACCAGUCUCCUGGGGAGUGGUAUCUAUACUGCAGCUUACCCUCUUCAUGAUGGAGACAUUAAUGAGGAGAGCGCAGUACACAAUGACAGAAGGCUUUUGUAUGAAGAGUGGGCAAACUACAGUGUGUUCUUCAAGUACCAGCCCAUCGGACUUGUGCGGUAA